AUAUGAAGCAUUUCGUUGAAAAUGGCAUCCAAAGCCAAGUUUUCUAUUAUGUUGACAGCUUGCUUCGUGUAACUUACAUAAUGCUCGAUAGUAGAAACCCCAUUCGCGCGCUGUCUGUCUUUAGAAGCUAAGUUGGCUAACUGUUUAAGCUAAUUGACUAACGCUGGUAGUAUAACGUUAGACACCAGUAGCAACUACCAGUACGUUGUAGUGGUUACCAGCUACUAUCUGGUAAAACGUUGCUGUUGUGUCCUUUGUUGUAUCAUAGCAGCGAACACGAACAAAGAUGUCAGGCAGAGCUAACGUGACGUUACGAUUGGAAAAACAGUGCAGCUCACUUAACUCAAAGAUUGAAAGGCAGUGGUACACGCAUAAGCUGAACUUGAAAUAACUUCCCUUGAUGUGCCAAUCCAUGACAUACAAAGUAAAAGAAUUGGCGAUAAAGAAAAACAGCUCUCUCUCUCAGAGGAGGGGUGCACCAGCAGGAGGAGAAUGGAGACAGAGGAAAGAAGAACAGUGGCGAGGCCAAGGCAAAGCGCAGGCGGAGGAGGGUGAGCGUUGUGAACAGCAUGGAAAAGAAGCCGUGCCCAGGGGGACCUGCCAGACCAUGUGCCCUGCUCGUGAGCUGCAGGACCGUGAGGUGCAGAACCGCCUUCACCGCUUUGAGAUCUUGGCAGGCACAGAAAGAGUUCGACGGCCCAGAGGAGACCCCUUGCGAGCUGUCAAAGAGUAUUCCAGACCAGCAGCUGGAAAAGACUCAACAAACCCCACUGACCUCCGUCCACCUGCUGUGUUGCUGAAAACUGUGUGUUACCUUAUUGAUGACAUUGCUGCGUCCCCUCACCUGCACCCAUGGACUGAGGUGUACAGCUUUGUCUUUGAUCGGCUGCGUGGCGUGAAGCAGGACAUGAUCAUUCAGAGGGUGUCUGGGUUGAACUGUGUGGCCAUUUUAGAGCGGACGGUGCGUUUCCUCAUCUAUGCCUCAUAUCGGCUUUGCGGUGAGCCCCUGCGGCUCUACGACCCACGCAUUAACGACACACACCUACAGGAGAGUCUGAGCUGGCUGUUGGAUUGCUACGCAACUGAAACGGGGCCGCAUCCCAACCAGGAAGAGUUCCAAGCUCUUGGUCUGCUGUACAACUUGGGUUCAGCUCGUGCCACGCAGCACAUCAUGGAGCUCUGUGAGCGGCUCCGCAGCUCUCCUGCCAUCGCACUCGCUCUUUCCAUCAACCGAGCUUUUCUGGAGCGAAACCCCGUGCGUAUGCUCCGAUUGGCUCGGAGGUUGAACUUCAUACAGGGCUGCGCUCUGCACCGUCACCUGGUGACGUGUCGAAGAGAUCUGCUGCUCAUAUACAGCCACGGAUACUGCAGCCGCAACUGUCGCUUUCCUCUCGACGGACUGGCUCAGCUCUUGUUCUUAGACGCGUCACUCACAGCCCGACUCUGUCGGGCAUAUGGAGUGGUUGUUAAUCAGGGCAACCAAUUGGUUUUCUCCAAGGCUGCUUUCACUGAGCCUGAGAAGGGGAAACUGCAUUGUCAAACGUAUCACAACAUAGUGGCAGAGAAACAGAAAGAUCUCAGUGUUGGGAACAUCAUUCACGGUUGCGUUUGACAAAUAAAAAGAGUAAAUCAGUAAUACAAGUAAUGAAUGGUACCCCUAGGGUGUGCUCCUGUACCUCCACAGGGAGACCAGUGCUACUGGCAGGGAUUUAAGGUCUAGUUUAUUAACACUUUUGCAGUGGUUUCAUCUUUCUACUGUUGUUAUCUUAUUGGAUUUGAGCCUUGGGGCAUCUUUCUAGGACACAUGUUCAACAUAAGGGUCAGGGAUUUAAUGAUGUGCUCUGAGUUCAGCAGUGAAAGGUUCCCUUUUUGGUUCUGGAGGUGCUUUUUAAUCCUGAUCAUGCAUUUGGUGCAUUAAGAUGUGAAUUUCUUUAAUAUUGUUACUGAUCAUGUUACGGUUUAAAUGUUAUGUUAAUUUCAUACCAUGUUUUUUUAAUUCUUUUCAAGCAUUUCAGAAAACCUACUGUGCAACAGUGUUAUUCUCAUUAAUGCAGUACCUCAGAAGUAUUUAAAUAAAUGUUUUGUUACCUAAAAGAAA